UACUGUUGAUGUAAAUGAGAAGUUUUUAUUCUAACCAUGUUAUCCUUUAUGUCAAUUUGACAAUGGCAGCUGGAUGAUUGCACAAACCUCAAAAAUUCCCAACAAAAAUAAUGAAUAUGAACACAAAAACAAAUAAUUAUUCUAGAAAUAUAAGGGGAAUAUUAUCGAUAGAUCUAUAAACCGGAAUAACUAGCGAAUUAAUCUAACAAAAUGCCACGAGACAGAGAUCAAAGGUUGUCAGAGACGAAACACGAACGUCGCUCCCACAGCUCAAGCAGCCACAAAUCCAAGCAUGAUAAAGAAAAAUAUACAAAACAUAAGAAAAGGAGCCACAGUAAACACAAAAAGCACAAACAUAGAAGGAGCUCCAGUUCAGAUUCGAGCAAAAGCAGUGAUAGCACUUCUUCAGACGAUUCUGUGAAGCUGCUUCAGAAACUGAGUGAAGAACGCAUCAAAGCCACUGAGGAAAAGAAGAGACACAAGGAGAUUGUCAAAGCUACUGAGACAGCUGAGGAGAAAAGACUUAGAAGAUUAAUGAAGAAAGAGGCUAAGGAAAGAAGAAGAAAAGAAAGGAUGGGCUGGGAUAAUGAAUAUCUACAUUACACCAAUAGUGAUAAUCCUUUUGGUGAUGGAAAUUUGCUUUCUACUUUUGUAUGGAACAAGAAGCUGUCUAAAGAAGGCUUAGUAGGAGUUAGUCCUGAAGAAUUGGAGGCUAGAAACAGGAUGAAACAAGAAGAAAAUAAGAGAGAACUGGAAAAAGUAAAGAAAAGAAGGCAAGAAAGGGAGCUAGAGAGGCAAAAAAGGGAGGAAGAAACACAGAUGUUGCAAAGAAGUAAAGAGGCAGCUCAGUUUGAAGAAUGGGAAAGGCAGGAGGAUCAGUUCCAUUUGGAGCAGGCUAGGCUCAGGUCACAUAUUAGAAUUCAGGAUGGCAGAGCGAAGCCAAUAGAUUUGCUGGCCAAGUAUAUUAGUGCUGAAGAAGAAGUGGAUGCUGUCGAAAUGCACGAGCCCUAUACAUACCUCAAUGGACUUCCAAUCAAAGAUUUAGAAGACCUUGUAGAAGAUAUCAAGGUGUACAAAGAAUUAGAGAAAGGCAAGAAUCUGGACUACUGGAAUGACAUAACAGUCAUAGUUGAAGACGAACUGCAAAAACUGUACAAGCUAGAAAAGCAGGCUGAAAUCGACGCAGGAUUGGGAAGGAGAGAAGGCAUUCAUCAAGCUGUAGCAAUGGAUGUGACGACAGUUUUUAGGGGUAAAACUGCAAAGCAACUGGAGGAGCUGCAUAAACAGAUCGAGAAGAAAAUCAGUAGCAAAGUAGACGGCAUCGAUAUUGGGUAUUGGGAAUCUUUACUAAGCCAAUUGAAAGCUCACAUGGCGAGAGCCCGACUCAGAGACAGACACCAAGAGAACUUGAAACGCAAAUUGGAAAUGUUGAAGGCAGAACAAGCCGUGACGGCUCCGAUUUCUAAUGAGCCAUCGACGUCAAUCGAGGAACCAGGGAGAUCAAAACCUCACGGCGAUUCAUCUCCAGAUGAAGAUCAUGAUACUGACAAUGAAAGAACCGAAGAAGACGCGGCUAGUUCCUUGCUGAAAGAAUGUUUUGAUGCUUACGAAGCGGGCGGUUAUAGUCCAAAAUUGCUGAAACCCGAAGAUAUUGAACCCGGAACGAUAGUGGCUACUGAAGAGGACGAUUUGAAACGUUUGGAGUUUGCUAGGCUGCAAGUCGUGGGACAAGGCGCCAAAAUUGAGAAUGUCCUUACUAAAGAAGAAAAGCUGAUGCAAAAAGAGGCUCGUAAAGGCAUGGACGGCGACGAAGCCCAGUUCUCGGUUGAGCACAGUUUGGAUAACCAAGUGUACUUGUGGAGCGACAAGUACCGACCGAGAAAACCGAGGUACUUCAAUCGAGUCCACACCGGAUUCGAGUGGAACAAGUACAAUCAGACGCAUUACGAUAUGGACAACCCGCCCCCGAAGAUCGUGCAAGGUUACAAGUUCAACAUUUUCUAUCCGGAUUUGAUCGAUAAGAACAGCACGCCUGAGUAUUUCUUGACCGCUUGUCCAGAAAACAGGGAAUUCGCACUUUUGCGUUUCCAUGCCGGCCCCCCCUACGAAGAUAUCGCUUUUAAGAUCGUCAACAGAGAAUGGGAAUAUUCCUACAAAAGGGGAUUCAGAUGCCAGUUUCACAACAAUGUUUUUCAGCUGUGGUUCCACUUCAAGAGGUACAGAUACCGAAGAUGAAUAUUUGAAUAUAAAAUGUGUAAUGAUAAAGAAAAUUUGAAACUGUUAUUUUUAUUCAGCAGUGUGAAAUUGUAUAUUUUCGUCAAUAAAUAUAUUUUAAG